CCCUAUCGCCUCUCUGACGCAAGACGAAAGAGAAGGACAACUUCCUAUCUCCACUGUCUAUCCAAAAAUGGCGGACACGUGUGGCCAAGUAUUGCUGGGAUCAGGGCUGACUGUCCUCUCCCACCCUCUGAUGUACAUUAAAGUCCUGAUCCAGGUAGGACAUGAGCCGCUCGCUCCAACCCUGGGCAGGAACCUGUUUGGCAGACAAGUCUACCAGCUGCCUGGACUCUUUGCUUAUGCAAAACACAUCAUCAAGAUUGAUGGAAAAGCGGGUCUCUUUAAAGGGCUUGGUCCAAGGCUCUGUGCUGGCUCUAUCGGCACCAUUGUGCACAGCAAAGUUGUGCAGAAAUGUCAGGAACAAGGAACACCUCAGGUACUGGGAGGUCAGCAGAAGGCUGCUGAGGGCUCCCUACAGCACGUUGUUAAUGAGACAACCAAAGAGAUGAUAGCUCGUUCCUGCGCCACCAUUGUCACACAUCCCUUUCAUGUGAUUACUUUGCGAUGUAUGGUCCAGUUUAUUGGGAGAGAAACAAAAUACAGUGGGGUGUUUGACUCCAUCGUCACAGUCUACAGAGAAGAAGGCAUACUGGGCUUCUUUGCUGGUAUGAUUCCUCGCCUGCUUGGUGACGUCCUGUCUCUGUGGAUUUGUAACCUGCUGGCUCACCUCAUCAAUACAUAUGCCAUCGAUGACUCGAUGAGUCACACAGGAGAAAUCAAGAACUGCUCUCAGGCUGUGACAGGGUUCUUUGCCAGUAUGCUCACAUACCCUUUUGUCUUGGUGUCAAACCUCAUGGCCGUCAAUAACUGCGGGCUUGCUGGAGGCCUGCCUCCCUAUGCAUCAGUAUAUCCCACCUGGGUGGACUGCUGGAGACAUCUAAGCAGAGAGGGCAACAUGAGCAGAGGCAACAGUUUAUUUUUCCGGAAGCUUCCAGCAGGAAAGAUGUACGCGAUUGACCAGAAGAGAUUUUUUUAAAGCCUCAAGAGAACUGAGCUGAACAUAGUUGUGAUAAUAAAACAAACAAAAAAAUCAACAUUGCCUGAUCUGGGGGUUGGACAGUCGGCACUUAAUCUUUUUUUGUAUGCACUUGUUUACUUUAGUUUUUUUUCUCUCUUCUUUUUGACAACCUGCCAUUAUGUGAAAUAAACACAUUCAUUUCCACUUAAUUUCCAGCAGGUUUUAUUUUAUUAACAGAAAUUUACAGAUUGGAACUGCAGGGUUGUAAGGUAAUGAGAUGGAGCCUUUUUUUAAAACCCACAGGUACAAAAUCUGAUGGAUGGCUGCUGUCAAACCUGCCUGAAUAAUGUUUGGACAGACCAAUGUGAAGGCGCCCGCCAUCUGUUUUGUAUAUGAUUCCCCUUCAUCCACGUGAUGGGAUUUGUUUGUUGAAAACGGCACUUCUGUCUGCAUGUGGUAAUGUCUAAUAAUUCACGUUAGUGAUCAAGUGGGCCCUCUUGUCAUGUGGUAUUGUCUUGUGUUAAUAAUCAUAAAGCUCACUGCUUGGUGGUAAUGCUAGUGAAAGGACAGUGAGGUGAUGGUUGAGAAAGAGCAUGUAUGGAUCUACAGAGGCAUGGAGGGUAGCCUGAGCUGGCACUCUGAGCAGCCAAGUGCUUGUAUCAACUCUUUCUGACUGACCCAAAUAAAAACUGCUUUUUUUUGACCGCG